CUUUACUUUUCUUUACUUUGAUUUCGUAUCAUGUCUCCAAAAACCACUAUUUUUGAUUUAAGCUUAGACAUCAAAUACAUUAUUAUCGAGUACCUCGACAAUAGGUCUUUGGCAUAUUUGGCACAGACAUGUGCUUACUUUGGUAACCUUAUACGCAAGUUAUUUUCUUUUCGUAAAGCACAGGUCACUCUUGUCGAUCAUCUUUUGCCAAAAUUACCUCCCUUCUUAAACUACAGAGCAGGCACUUCUAUAGGAUCCAUGUUCUAUUUACCAUUUAUCAAUGAAAGCCCAUUUUGCUAUUGCUAUGAUCUUGAUAACCAUAUUUGGUCAACACACAAACUAAACUUAGUUGACAUGCACGAUUUUCAACCUCAAAUUACUUGUUCUGCAACCAUAGGCUGCAAAAUAUACCUUGCUUGUGGUCGACUGUUGAAUUCCUACACACUCUCGAAUGCCAUGAUUGAGAUUGACACAACUAAUUUUAAUACUCGGUUUGUCAAAGACGCAGAAGGCAAUCCUCCUCGUCCGAGACACGAACACUCAGUCGAUGCCAUCAUGGAUCGUUAUUUGGUCGUGUUUGGUGGUUUGUGCUACAAUUCAGUCGGCGAGAAUGACGUAUUUGUUUAUGACAUAUUUGAAAAUCGAUGGUUUGUACCUCCUGUAAGCGGACAUUUGCCACAUUUGAGAUUUGGCCAUGCAAGUGCAGUUAUCGGCAGUGAUCUCUAUAUCCAUGGAGGAGCCCAACUGGAAAAUGACAGUAGCUAUACUGUUUAUGACGAUCUCUAUAAACUCGACUGCAAAAACUGGGUAUGGUAUAAAUACGAACAUCCAGAAGUAGAACAGUAUCUUCGAAACCAAAUACCCACUCCCGGUGAGUCCCCGCAGAGAAACCACCUUAUUUCCACAAAUGGCGAUAGCCCUUAUGAUCGGUUCCAAUCUUACAUGUGCAGUUUUGGAAACAAGCUUGUUGUAUUCGGUGGUCAUUCAAUACGAGAAGAUGAAGAUGACAAUGAAAUUCUCUGUAGUUAUCCAUUGAAUGAACUCUGUGUUUUCAACACAAAGCGUAAGACAUGGACUAUACUCCAUGCAUCUGUGUUCAAGAACGAUGUACUGGCAGAAGACGACGAAGACCAACCAAUUACUGUUUCAGACAUGAGCGUUGCUCCGAUUCCUCUAGAUUCAUACGGUGUUCGAAUCUACAUUAUUGCUGGCCAUAAAGCAGCAGAAGUACCCAGGACAGUAACACAAUAUGAGUCAAUGGACCGAGUAUCUCAUACCUCUUCUAAACGGUCCUCGACCUCUAUGUCCGAAUUAUCUCAGCAUCAUUCUACGCUUCCCAGCAUCACAGAACAUACAUCACAGCAUCAAAUAGAUGUAGAAGAAAACACCAAUGGCCCCAGCAUUGAUCAAAACGAUGGUUUGGAUUAUGAAGAAGAAAGUGAUCAUCAUAGACCUGGUUUACCAAAUCAUCAGAUAGAAACAAGAACACCCUCAGGAGAUGAAAUCUCAAAUCAUGUAAAAGAGCUCUUUAGAGCUGUUGAUCCUGACAUGGAAGAUAAUCAUGAAGCACGCGAUAGACAGCAGGAGACAGAAAUAACUGAAAGAGCCAAUAAUAAAGUUCAUAUGCGAUCAAGUCGAAGUAGUAGUGGCAGUAGCAAUGAUAUUGGAAGAAAAAAGCGCAGAAGACCAUCUAUCAGUGUCAUUCAUCGAAACACGCAUUCAACAGAAGAUGAUCUACACAUGUCCAUGCCACGUUCUUCAUCAAGUCAUUCAUCUUAUAGCAGUAAUAGUAGUAGUAGCUUUGGACAAAGAAGAACCACACGUCAACGAAAAGUAACACCUUGUUCUGUGAUCCUUGAAUUAAUUGAAUAGCUUGUAAAUAAGUUCCUUGUAUAUAGUAUAGUAAAUAAACCUC